GUCUUCUUCUUCUUCUUCUUCUUCUUUUAUUGCUCUUUUGAUCUGGGAGCGUCGGAAUGACGACCCAAAAAGGCAUCCAAUGACUCUAUGUAUGAUAUAACUGUAGCAUUGUAUUUUCAGCCAUCCCUUUGUUUUACGUGUUACAUACCUAGGGAUGCAUGUAUGAUCACUGGUUUGUCUUUUCUUAUGACGUGAAAUGAAUACAUGAAUGAAGGUAUAAUCAUUGAUUUGACUGGAGACAUUUCCUGCAGAUAAUUACACCUCUCUGCGUGUACGUGCUGAUCCUUUGCACGAGAAAGUGCAAGAAAGGAAUGAGGGGUUGAAUGAGGGACUGUGCCAGAGAAUGGAGGAAAGAGCAUGAAUGUCUCGCCUACUUUUUGUCAAAUCAUUUUUAUCAUCCUUUUUAAGUGUAGGAAUCACUGUAACUUCCAAUCAAAAAAACUUAAAAACUUAGAGCAUGAAUGAAAUAUGCUAGUUGUUUUCUAUCGAUAUGAUCUGACGUGCGUGGUCAUGGUAGGUUCAUUGGCGAAUUGACUGUUUGGAAGCGAAGUACAUGAAUGAUGAUAAUGACGAUCUUCACAUGAGCCUUCUAUAGUUCGUAGCUGCUGAAGAUGUUGUUCUCUUAAUCAUAGCAUAAUAACAAGUCUAGCAGUAGGAUGGGGAGUAUUUCGGCGUGGAAUUUGACUGUAUCGUGACCAAGGAUUCUAAGUGCACACAUUGUGGACAUGUAACUACCGACGAAUGGAAUCACGAUUCCUGACUUAUGCACUGAGUUUCCAGCUACAGUCCUUGUGCGCCAUAAUCAGUGUAAAGUGUGAUUUCCAAUGUAAAACGUACCUAGGUACAUACAUACAAAAAGCUACAUGACGUGAGUUGGUGGUGCUGGCCGUCGCAGUGCGCGUUCUUGGCGCGCUAGCCGGAGAAAGACCGACAAGCGAAUUUUUCGAUCCGCCCACAUUCUCGCCCGCGACUACAGGACAUCUUCUCAUCUCGACAAACUCCCUCUACCACAACACCGUCGCCAUGGGUAGGGUUAUCAGGAACCAGCGUAAGGGUCGCGGCUCUAUCUUCACCGCCAACACCCGUUUGAACAAGGCUCCCGCCCAGUUCCGCACGCUCGACUAUGCUGAGCGCAAUGGAUACAUUCGAGGUGUCGUGAAGGAGAUUGUCCACGAUUCCGGUCGUGGCGCUCCUCUCGCCAAAGUCACCUUCCGCAACCCCUACCGGUUCAAGCACGACACCCAGACCUUCAUCGCCAACGAGGGCAUGUACACUGGCCAGUUCAUCUACGCCGGAAAGCACGCCGCUCUGACCGUCGGAAACGUCCUUCCCCUUGGCUCCGUCCCUGAAGGUACCGUCCUCACCAACGUUGAGGACAAGUCCGGUGACCGUGGUGCGCUUGGCCGUACCUCCGGUAACUAUGUGACCGUCAUCGGCCACAACCCUGACGAGAACCGCACUCGUGUCAAGCUCCCCUCCGGCGCCAAGAAGGUGCUCCCCAGCUCCUGCCGUGGUAUGGUCGGCAUCGUUGCCGGUGGUGGACGUACAGACAAGCCCCUCCUCAAGGCCUCGCGUGCCAAGCACAAGUUCGCUGCCAAGCGCAACUCAUGGCCCAAGACUCGUGGUGUUGCCAUGAACCCCGUCGACCAUCCUCACGGUGGUGGUAACCACCAGCAUAUCGGUAAAGCCUCGACCAUCUCCCGCGAGGCCGCACAAGGUCAAAAGGCCGGUCUCAUCGCCGCCAGGAGGACAGGUCUGCUCCGCGGUACCCAGAAGACCAAGGAUUAG